AUGGAAGAGGUAGUGAUGGUUCAUGAAGUAGAAUUUGAAACAAAUCCUACAGGAAUGAACAGGGAAAGACUACAAAAGGUUCAAGCAGAAUUGAUCAAAAGUCUUGCACUAGAGGAGAAAUAUUGGCAACAAAAAGCAGGCAUGACUUGGUUCAAGGAAGGGGAUAGGAACACUAAGUUCUUCCAUGCACAAGUGAGAGGUAGAAGGAAGAGACUUCAGCUUAACAGAAUUCAAAACAGUGGAGGAACCUGGAUUGAAGAAGAACAACAAAUUGCAGAAGAGGCUAUCAAAUUCUACGAGGAACAGUUUACAGAAGAAGCUACUUCUUCAUCAUUUGAUAUCUUAGAGCAUGUUCCUAAUCUGAUUAACACUAAGCGGAAUGCAGAAUUUAUUAAGCAACCAACAAAAGAGGAGGUUAAAGUGGCAGUACUUGGACUUAAUGGUGAUAGUGCUGGGGGGCCAGAUGGUAUGUCAGGAAAAUUUUAUCAUUCUUGUUGGGACUUAAUAGGGGAUGACCUGUACGACAUGGUGAGGGCUUUUUUCAAUGUCCAUGAGCUUCCCAAGUGUGUAACACACACAAACCUAGUUCUUCUACCAAAGAAAAAAGAAGUUACCACCUUUUCUGAUUUAAGACCAAUAAGCCUCAGUAAUUUUUCUAAUAAGGUUAUAUCAAGGGUGGUUCAUGAAAGGCUAGUGAAAUUUCUCCCAAGUCUGAUAUCGGAGGAACAAGCAGGUUUUGUUAAGGGAAGGAAUAUAGUAGAAAACAUCCUUUUAACUCAAGAGAUAGUGACUGACACUAGGCUUAGAACUAAGGCUGGACCUAAUGUCAUCCUGAAGCUAGAUAUGACCAAAGCUUAUGAUAGAUUAUCUUGGCUAUUCCUAACCAAGGUACUAAGAAAGAUGGGAUUCACAGAAAGGUUGAUAGGGAUUGUCUUUGGAUUAGUUUCAAACAAUUGGUAUUCUAUUCUAAUAAAUGGUCAAGCGCAUGGGUUCUUUAAGUCCUCAAGGGGAAUAAAACAAGGUGGUCCUGUAUCUCCAACUUUGUUUAUAUUGGCAGCAGAAGCAUUAUCUAGGGGACUCAAUGCACUACACACUAACCUGUAUUUUUGUGGAUUUGGGAUGCCAAAGUGGAGUCCAAAUAUAAAUCAUUUGGCGUAUGCAGAUGACAUGAUUAUCUUCUUAUACUCAGAUGAAACAUCUCUAAUGCUGAUUAUGCAAGUGCUAAAGGAAUAUGAAAAUGCAUCUGGGCAGCUUGUUAACAAGACCAAAUCAGCUGUGUACCUGCAUCAUUUAACAGACAUGGAAGUGGUCAGCAAGGUAGAAAGGAUCACAGGCAUUUAUAGGAAUUAUUUCCCUAUCAUAUAUCUAGGUUGUCCGAUAUUUUAUGCAAGGAGAAAGCUGGAAUUCUAUCAGCCCCUAAUUACUAAGGUAAUGGAUAAAAUGCAAUCAUGGCAGGGCAAGUUAUUAUCAGUAGGGGGCAGGGCAGUUCUCAUAUACCAUGUAUUGCAAAGCAUGCCUAUACAUCUACUUUCAGCUGUAAACCCUCCAAAGUAUGUGAUAAAUAGGUUGCACAAAUUGUUUGCUCAGUUUUUUUGGAGCAGCACUGUAGGAGGAACUAGUAGGCAUUGGGCUUCAUGGAAUACCUUAUGCAUGCCAAUUGAAGAAGGAGGAAUAGGUUUCAGGUCACUGCAUGAUGUAGCAAACGCAUUAUUCAGUAAGUUGUGGUGGAAUUUCAGAACAAAACCGAGCCUAUGGAGCAGCACUGUAGGAGGAACUAGUAGGCAUUGGGCUUCAUGGAAUACCUUAUGCAUGCCAAUUGAAGAAGGAGGAAUAGGUUUCAGGUCACUGCAUGAUGUAGCAAACGCAUUAUUCAAUAGUAAGUGGGAUGUGGCCAGGCUAUAUGAAAUACUUCCUGAAGAAUUAGCAGUACACAUUAUGGAGAAAAUCAAACCACCUUCACAGAUACAGGUUCUUGACAGGCCGUGUUGGAUGCUGGAAACAAGAGGAUAUUUCAGUGUUAAGUCAGCAUGGGAGUAUACGAGAAGAAGAGACGAACCAAGAACAGCUUAUAGAAUGAUUUGGGUGAAUGGACUUCCUUUUAAAAUAUCAUUUUUCAUGUGGAAAGUGUGGAAAGCAAAUCUACCUUUAGAUGAUUUCUUGAAAAGGAUAGGCUACUGCAUGCCAUCAAAAUGUUGGUCUUGUAUACAGCCUGAUGAGGAAUCUCUUAAGCACUUGUUUUUUAGAUCAGAAACUGCAAAGAUAACUUGGAGGUAUUUUCUAUCGGGGGAAGGAAUAGAUGUGGAGGGACUUACAUUGCACCAAGCAAUCACAAAAUGUUGGACUGCAAAUGUGUGCUUAAGGCUAAAACCAAUAAUGCAAGCACUCCCCUCAUGCAUAGUCUGGGAACUUUGGAAAAGAAGAAAUAGUAUGAAGUAUGGUGAUGGCGUGAGAACAAGCAGGGUGAUCUAUCAAGUUUCAUCAAAUCUUCAGGCUUUGGUGAAACUGAGAAAGCCUGGGAUGAUCAUGGUACCUCACAAAUGGCAAGAUCUAUUAGUUGUGAUGGAAAAUUUCACUCCAAAACUUAAGGUUACCAAAGUCAUGUGGGAACUUCCAAAUACAGGAUGGCUAAAGGUUAAUACGGAUGGGGCUUCGAGGGGGAAUCCAGGCAGAAGCUCAAUAGGCUUCUGUAUACGAAAUGAAAAUGGUGACAUAGUCAAGUCAGUAGGAAGGGAGAUUGAGGAGACAACAAACACAGUAGCAGAAGCGAAGGCCAUGGUAGAGGCACUAAGGUUCUGCAGAUUUCAACAAUACCCUCAUGUAUGGCUUCAAACUGACUCAAUGUUAUUAAAAAAGAUUAUGGAUGGGAUCUGGAAACCACCAUGGAUCAUAUCUGAGCAGGUAGAGGAAAUAAUGCAACUAAUGACUGGGGGCAAUUACACAGUUACUCAUAUUCAUAGAGAGGGCAACAAAUAUGGCUCCCAAGAAACAUAUAUCUUCCAAGAAAAAGGCCUCUACCAGUCGUCAAUCACAACAAGCCAAAAUCAAGAGGAGACCUUGCCAUCAGUUAACCUACAAGCUAAGAUAAGAAGAAAAAGAGGAGAUGAUUUCCAACUCAGGUUUAGGGUCGAAGGCUCUAGGGAUCUUUAUAGAGAAGCGCUUACAAAACGGAAAAUCCUUUACGAGAAACAACUGAGUCUGAAUGGGCUACAUGAGCAAUACCCUCACAUACUGGAGAACAUCAAGGCUAGAAAUUGGGAGUGCUUCACUGAGCUGCCUGAUGAUUACAAUGAAACAUUGGUGCGUGAAUUUUAUGCAUCUUAUGGAGCCUCCAGCACACCUCACCACAAGCGCAACAAAGUUUUCCGUGAUACUGUCUUGGUUCAAGGGAAGUAG